AUGGCGGCCACAGCAGUGGAGGCUCUCGACAACCUCAAGUUGGACGACUCUAGCAUCAAGGCCCCCAACGGGGUCCUCAAGAACGGCACACAUAAUGGCGAUAUAGACCACGAAGACUCGGACGACGACGCCGAGGCCGACGACGGUGCCCCCGAGGCUACCGCAGAAGGCGCCGCAAAGAAAAAGAAAAAGCGCAAACCACGCAAGAAGAAGAAGGCCGGCGCAUCUUCAGGCCCCAAAGUGCAGACUUCCCCGCCACGCGUUCCUGUCCACGAGAUAUACCUGAACGACUCCUACCCGGCGGGAGAGACGCACGAGUACCUCAACGAGAAUGCGUUCCGCACGACUAGCGAGGAGAAGCGCCACCUCGACCGCAUGAACCAGGACUUCCUGACCGACUACAGACGAGGCGCCGAGGUGCAUCGCGAGGUGCGGCAGUGGGCGCAAAAUUGGAUUAAGCCGGGCAUGUCACUCACCGAAAUCGCUGAGGGCAUCGAGGACUCGGUGCGCGCGCUCACAGGACACCAGGGCCUGGAAGAAGGUGAUGCGCUCAAGGCCGGUAUGGGCUUUCCUACGGGUCUGAGCAUCAACCACUGCGCCGCACACUACACGCCCAACGCAGGCAACAAGAUGGUCCUCCAGCAGGAGGACGUCAUGAAGGUCGAUUUCGGUGUGCACAUCAACGGGCGCAUCGUCGACUCAGCUUUCACUAUGCACUUCGACCCUACGUACGACAAUCUGAUCAAUGCGUGUAAGGACGCGACCAACGCUGGUAUUAAGGAAGCUGGUAUCGACGUGCGCAUGUCGGAUAUUGGCGCCGCGAUCCAGGAGGUCAUGGAGAGCUACGAGUGCGAGAUCAAGGGGCAGACGUACCCUGUGAAGUGUAUUCGUAAUCUCAACGGCCACAGCAUCGGACGGUAUAGCAUCCACGGCGGCAAGACGGUGCCUAUCGUCAAGGGUGGCGACCAAACCAAGAUGGAGGAGGGUGAAACCUUUGCCAUCGAGACCUUUGGCAGCACGGGCAAGGGCUAUGUUAGGGACGACAUGGAAACAUCCCACUACGCCAAGCGAGAAGACGCACCAAAUGUCGCCCUGCGCGUCUCCUCCGCACGCACCCUGCUCAACUCCAUUAACAAGAACUUCGGCACGCUGCCAUUCUGCCGGCGCUACCUUGACCGCCUGGGCCACGACAAGUACCUGCUGGGCUUAAACAACCUCGUCUCGGCUGGUAUUGUCGAGGCAUACCCCCCACUGUGCGAUAUCAAGGGAAGUUAUACCGCGCAAAGUGAACAUACAUUUAUCCUUCGGCCGACGUGCAAGGAGAUUGUGAGUCGCGGCGAUGAUUAUUAG